AACACAGGCGACCCGAGCGAAGCACCAACAGCUGUUCGGGAGGAGAUUUCGCUCCUGGCACACCAUUUAUACGCGUAGAAACUACUCUCCUUGCCAGAAUUUAUGAAUCCUCGUCACAUGUAUUCUGGCAAGUCAGACCUCGCCAACAACUUGACAUUAAAACAGGAUGUAGUGUAAGUUCUGGCUUGACAAUGUAUUCGAUGCUCUCUGUUGGCCUUUGCCAGAACACAAGACUUGGAGGCCACAGCAUUACUUGAUAAGGUGAUAUCCUGGAUGGUUACCUGCAUUUAUUCCAGAACAGCAUUUUAAAACUGCAAGUCUCUUGGCUUUAGCCUAUAAUGCUAGCAAACCACCAAUACCAAUAUUAUUCAUAUAGCUGAUACAGGGAAUGAGAUAUUUAGAGUGGUAAGAUUUUAAAAGUUGUGUCAGGCAUGUCCAAUCAGUACAAGCGUCCAUCCAUCACCAGCACAGGAGGGAAGAGGCGCUCGGGCAGCACCAAGUUUGAGCUCACAGAGGAACAGAAAAACGAUAUCCAGGAGGCGUUCAAUCUGUUUGACCCCAAUGGCACGGGCACCAUUGACCCCAAGGAGCUCAAGGUCGCCAUGAGGGCCCUGGGCUUCGAACCCAAAAAGGAAGAAAUCAAGAAGAUGGUCGCAGAGAUCGACAAAGACGAGAGUGGCAAGAUAAAGUUUGAAGAGUUCCUGCACCUCAUGACAAUCAAGAUGGCUGAGAAGGAUGUCAAGGAAGAGAUCCUCAAGGCUUUCAAGCUCUUUGACGAUGACAACACCGGAAAGAUCUCCUUUGACAACCUGAAGCGCGUUGCAGAGACCUUAGGAGAGAAUCUCACAGAUGAAGAGUUGCAAGAAAUGAUUGAAGAGGCAGAUCGCGAUGGUGACAAUCAGAUCAACCAAGACGAGUUUUUCCGUAUAAUGAAGAAGACAAGCUUAUAUUAG